GUUAAAUGAAACGGACCGCAAACAUGGCGAUUCCUGUGAGUGUGAUUGCAGUUAGCUAAAUUUACUCAGUUCCAUACGUCAAAAAAUACUAUUUUUAAAGGGAUUUUAAUUUUUCAAAAAAUGGGUCUCGUGAGACACGUCGUGUGCGCCAUGUCUGGCGGUGUGGACAGCUCUGUUGCUGCGUUGUUACUGAAGAGGAGAGGUUUUAGUGUAACAGGGGUUUUUAUGAAGAACUGGGACUCUCUGGAUGAGAGAGGGGUGUGUACUACAGAGAGGGACUGUGAGGACGCCUACAGAGUGUGUCAGACCCUGGACAUUCCCUUCCAUCAAGUGUCUUAUGUCAAAGAGUACUGGCAUGAAGUUUUCAGUAACCUGUUGAAGGAGUAUGAGAAGGGCAGAACACCAAACCCAGAUAUACUAUGCAACAAACACAUCAAAUUCAACCAUUUCCACAAGUACGCCAUCAGCACUCUGGGUGCUGAUGCCAUGGCAACAGGCCACUACGCCAGGACGUCACAGGAAGAUGAAGAUGUUUUCCAACAGACACACACAGCUCCGCCUACCACGCUCUUCAGAGAUCGAUUUGAGAUCAGAAAUCCGGUGAGGUUGUACAAAGGAGCAGAUCUCCUCAAAGACCAAACCUUCUUCCUCAGUCAGAUCUCUCAGGACGCCUUGAGACAGACCUUAUUCCCGCUCGCUGGACUCACCAAGGAGUUUGUCAAAAAGAUUGCAGCUGAGGCAGGGUUUCACCAUGUUCUGAAGAAGAAAGAGAGCAUGGGCAUUUGCUUCAUUGGAGAGAGAAACUUUGAAAAUUUCAUUUUGGAGUAUCUCGAGCCAAAACCAGGGAACUUUGUCUCUAUUGAGGAUGGGACAGUAAUGGGAACACACAAAGGCUGGUUCACUAUGACGCUGGGCCAGAGGGCGAGGAUAGGCGGACAGAAAGACGCCUGGUUUGUGGUGGACAAAGACAUUACCACAGGAGAUGUGUUUGUGGCUCCGACGACCAAUCACCCAGCUCUUUUCCGUGACACGAUGAGGACAGACCGUUUCCACUGGCUGGCAGUGGACCCGCCUCCUGAACUAGCUAGGACCCAGAUGAUGGAGUGUCACUUCCGCUUCAUCCACCAGAUGCCGCUCGUUCCCUGCACAGUGACUCUGAACAUGGACGGCUCUGUAUGGAUCUCACUCCAACAGCCAAGCAGAGCUUUGACACCUGGACAGUUUGCGGUGCUCUACAAAGGGGAUGAGUGUCUGGGCAGUGGUAAGAUCAUCCAGCUGGGGCCUAGUGAAUACACACUGCAGCAGGGCCGAGAACGGUUGAUGCGGCGCAAGGAGCAGCCCACCCCCGAACCAGCCAGCUGAGGUGACCCCACAGCUCAGUCCACUACAUUAGGUAGAACAACCCUGUUCAUAAAAAGAGGGCUUUGUGACCUCAUGCCUAAUGCCUCUCCUGGAGGCCACGUUUGAGGUGGAUGAAAACAGUUGAUUGAGUUUUUAAAUGCUCAACUUUGACAUCUCAACAGUAUUGAUGACACUAGGACAAAGGGGUUGAUUUCUGUACUGUUCUCCCUGUUUGUCUCCUUGCUGCUUGGAUAAAUCAUCCAGUGUGCUUUGGAGUGUAAACUGGAGCUAAAAUAAGGUGGUUUACAGAGUAACUCAUUUUAAAAAGAAAUCAAACUCACUUUACCUCCAACAUCAAUGAAUAACAUCACCAUCACUACAGCAUCUCAGUCAGGAACGGUCUGUUUCAGCUCAUAAGGUUACUAUUGUUUAUACUCUGGUAAUUGUCUGUUAAACCUCCAUGAUGGCAGAUAUUCUGCUGUGUUGAGAACACAGGCACUGUGAAAUAACUUCUUCAGGCAAAAAAGUACUGUUGGAUAAUCAUGAAGUUUAUCUGGUAUGUCUAUUUAAUAAGCGUGCACUCCUGUGCUGGAUGUAUUUUUAAAAUAAUUUCCAGGAAUAGUGAUGGAUGUUUAUCCUUCAGAGUUGGAGUUGUGCUGUAACAGAAUCAAGUUUGCCUUUUAAAAAAAGGAGUCAGCCCGAAAAUUUUACUGUUUAUUGAAAACAGUCCUCAAAUCCAACGGCUAUUUGCAGAUUUUGUCUUUCUUUAAAGGACAGAGGGCAGUCAGCCCUCUACGGUUCUGGUGGGAUUUAGUUGUCAGUCAGCAAGGCUACACAUGGAUCCAGAAAAGUGAGACCUAUGACACAGUUUUGGUGUAGGACAUUUAAACUCCAGCUGCAUCCAGUUUUAGUAUUUGAUGUUGACAGUACACUGGUGAUCAGUAUUACUCUCUGACUCUACUUGGUUUUUUGAACCAUUGUCACAAAACAAUACAGUUGUUCUUUUAGUUUGUUUUAUAAUUAGUACUUUAGUAGUCACUACACCCUUAUUUGUGUUUGUGUGUUUUCACCUCUAAGGUGAAAUUAUGUUCAAAAGUCAGUUGCUGGUAAAAAUGGGAGAAAUAACUGCAUAAGAACAUACCCCCCAAAUGAUAGCAAUAGAAUAUGAUACCAAAAAACAAUUGUUGUUAUUUUUGCCCUUUUACAUGUGUCAGAUACAUUUUGAGACCAUUUUAAAUUAUUCUAAAUAAUUGAAAAAACAAAACAAUGAAAUUGUCAUUAAACUUGUCAUUAGUCAACUUUUAUGAAACAUACAGAUUCCCUAUUUUGAAAUAUAUAAUUGCAAGUGCCUUUUCUCUUUAAGUGGUGUUGUUGUGGAACAUUCAUUCAACCUAAAAUACAAACUGUAAAUGCUUGAACAUUUACAAACGAGUGAAUAAACCUGACACGUUUAAUUUUA